GCGACGGCCGGCGGCCGCCGCGGAGCGGGAUGGUGAGCGCGGCCUGUCCCGGUGCACCGGGCCCGGCCCGGCCCCUCCGCGCCGCUUCCCCGGGGUCCCCGGUCACAGCCCCUCUGUCCCCGCAGCCCGCCCGCAGCCAGUCCCGGUGCCGGCGCAGGAGGAGGGCCCGCAGCGCGGCGGCGGAUGAGAUGGUGCUCAGGGAGGGCCAGAGCCUGCAGCCAUCGUGCUCCAACAGCCCCGUCGUGAUCCUUCGAGAUGUGCAGACUGCCCCGAAAGCGUCACCCACUGGCGAGCACAAGCCCAAGACCACCCGUCUCAUCACCAAGGACUUGAUCCGUGACCUCGUGAGAGUCGGGCCCUCACAGCUCGAGCGCUUCCUGCAUUGCUUGUGGGUGACUCCCGGUGGUGGAGCCGCUCCUGCCGCCCCCGGUGUGGGCAGCCCAGGGAGGUCAGCAGGAAUAGAAGGAGCUGUCGGAGACUCCGUGCCACUGACUGCCCUCUCUCUGUGCCCUGCUCCCCGUACCACCAGCAUCCCUGCAGAGAACCCAGCAGCAUCCCUCAUUAUCGGUCGGGAGGAUUUCCAGCGCAUUAAAGAAGCAGCUCGAGUCCUGACCAAGGAGGAGCGUGAGGCCAAGCUGGCAGCCCUCAAAGCGGAGACAGAAGCAGUUCUCGAGGCAGUGAGCGAGCGCAAGAACCUGGCGAAGCAAAAGGCCAUCCGGCAGCAGCAGGUGGGGAAGCUGAGCGAGCUGGAGGAGGCGGCGCAGGAGCGGGCCCAAUACCUGCUGCAGCGGGCGAGCAGGAUGCGCAUGGAGCAGGAGGACGAGAUCAAGGAGUUCAGCGAGCUGGUCCUCGGUGCCAAGUGCCACAUGAUCCGUGACACGCAGAUCCUCGAGAAGCAGCUCAUCGCGAAAGAGCUGGAGGAAGAAGAGAAGCGCCUGGCCAACAUGAUGGAGGUGGAGAGGAAGAAAGCCAACGAGAUGCAGGAGGAACUGGAGCGCAGGAGGAAGCAGGAGCUGAUCAGAGGGAGGCAGGAGCUUGUGAAGCAGAUGGAGCAGAAUGCGGAGGAGCGGGCUCUGAGAGCCGUGCAACGGGACCAGGAGGCACAGGAGGUGCUGGAGUACCUGGAGCGGCUGAAGAUGGAGGACCUGAAGGACUUGGAGCGGAGACAGGAGCAACAGAAGAAAAUCCAGGCUGAGAUUAAACGCAUCAACGAUGAGAACCAGAGGCUCAAGGAGGAGCAGCGGGAGCAGGAGAGGAUGGCAGAUGAGCGGGUGCUCGAGUACCAGAGGCAGAAAAUGAAGCGUGAGGCCGAGUUCGAAGCUGAGCAGGAGAGAAUCCGUUGGGAGAAGGAGAAGGAGACAGCACGCUUGAGGGCCAUGCAGGAGAGGGCCCAGGACCACCAGGCAGAGCAGGAUGCGCUGAGGGCCAAGCGCAGCCAAGAGGCUGCUGAGCGAGAGUGGCGGCGCAAGGAGAAGGAGGCGGCACAGAAGAAGGCUGAGAUGGAGCAGAUGCUGAAGCAGAGCCGCCUGGAGCAGAUUGCUCAGCGGGAGCACAGCAUGGCCGUGCAGGCGCAGCAGGACCGCCACGAGUUCGAGAGGAUCCUCAGGGCUCAGCAAGAGAAGAUGGAGAAGGAGAAGGUGGAGGAAGCGCAGAGGGCAGGUCUGCGGCUCGCCCAUGCUAACGACGUCCGGUGCCAGAUGCGGGAGCGUCAGCAGCAGCUAGCGCAGGAGCGGGUGGCUGCCUUCGAGGAGUGCCAGCGGCUGGAGGAGGAGGCCCGCCAGCGCAGCCAGCGCAUCACCCAGCUCAAGCAACAGAAGAUGCAGGAGCUCAGAGCUGCUGGCAUCCCCGAGAAGUAUUGUGCCCAGGUGGAGCGGAAGGCCCUGAGCCUAACAAGUGCAGCCCCUGGCCAGGCUCAGCCCCAUGAGGAGCAGAGCUCCAGUUUCCCAGUGACUUAGAGGGUUCCAUUUUCUUAGGCUGAGUUUUCUAUGAACAAAGAUGUUUAUGGAGCAGA